AUGUUAUUUAAACAUAAUUUUCAAAUUAAUGAUAAUGUUGUUAAUAAAGCCCAUCUUAUUUCUUUUUACAAUCAUGACUCCAAAUGUAAUCUUCGAUUAGCACCAAAAUUGACGUAUGCUCAUAUAUACACAGGGCCUUUUGAAAAAAUGAGGGUAUAUUUGGCUACACAAGUAUUUAGUGGAACUGUUGCUUCUGGUAUGUCGAUUGCUUUAGUAGCUGGUAUUUUACCGCCUUGUGCCCAAUUUACGAUAGACUGCAUAUGUGAAAUGGACAAGUUAUUUGAUAUAUUCAAUUCUUCCAAGAUUCCUAAAAGAAAAUAA